GCUGCUUCUACUUCCUUUCACAAUGGGUGCCUUGAUACAUGUUUUGCCUAUUGUAUGUGUGUUUUGCUGCUAAAUUUUUAGGUAUUUUGCCUCUAUAUAUUGGUAUGGAGAUCAUAUUGGGAAUUGCCAUAUUAAAUAAGUUUUCUGGAGUUUAUGGGAUCUUGUCGAUAUUCACUGGCCAUCCAAUUAAUUUCUUUCAAUGGUUUUUGAAUCUCUCCUCAAUUAUUAUACUACCAUUUUACAUCAACGCUUUGAAAUAUGUUAAAAAGCCACACUUAGGUAAAUUUUCCUUGGUUUGUUGCGUUUUCUUGUUUGAUACUUUAUUAUCCAUCUUAUUCAUUAUUUAUUUUGCAUUAUAUUGGUUUGAAACUGAAUCUUCAAAAACUGUACCUUUACCAGCUUCUGCAACUUCUACAUCAGUACCUGAUAUCAAUAAAAUUGAAGAUAAAUUCGAUAAUGUUGAAAUUGAUAUUGGAAAUGAUAAUAAAAUUAAUGAUAAUAAUAAUAUUGGUAAUAAAGUACAAGCUAAAAAAAGAGAUUAUACCUCAAUUUCAGCAACUAUCUCUUUAAAUAAUAUUUUAGCCACUCCUACUACUUCUCACGUUAUUAACACGGCGAUUGCAACAGCGGUAUCAAAGAUUGAUGAAAACUUAGCAUCUCAAUCGGCUUCUCAAACUUAUGAAUUUGCAAUUACUUUAAUGACUUCAAUUAUAAUCUCUGCUAUAAGAAUUUAUUUCUCAUUAAUCGUGUUGAGUUUUACAAGAGCUUUGUUAAAAUCCUCAAAAUACGGCGUCAAUUCGGAUGAUUAUAAUAAUUACAGAAACAGAAAUAAUAAUGAUAAUGAUAAUAAUGCAAAUGGUUCUGAUAACCUUCAUAGUAAUCAAAUUGGUGAAAACCAAUAUGAUUCUUUAUUAUCGAACACCAAUAAUGAUAAUGCUAAUAAUACUAAUAGCAAUAACAAUAAUAGUAAUAUUCUAUCAGGUAAUGGCAUUAAAGACACGGUAUUGAACUAUUCUAGUGCAUUCAUAACAAAAUUAGAAGACAGAAGUGUUGAUUUUAUUGUUUGGUUAUUUGAUGAACAAUAAAUGAGAAAAAAAAUAUCAAGUACAAACUUUAUUCAUAUGAACUCAUUAAUCAAAACCUUUAAUAAACGGAUACUUUUAUUUUUUUAUUUUUCCAAAAUUACCAUAAAACUUUAAUUCUGAUCCUUUCAUAAGCGGAAUACUAUUAAUCUUAAUUAUUUUC